GGUCGUAUUCAUAUUUCUAUACUUUCGGUUUAUAAAAUAAUGAAGUGCUGUCGUCGUUCCACAUUUGGACUCUAUGUUGGUUGCUUUGAUAUUCUAUUCAACACAGUUGGAAUUAUAUUUUAUUGGGUUGCAGAUAAAGAGUUUGUGGGCAGAUUAAUAUUUUCCAUAAUAUAUAUAUUAUUGGUCCUUAAUUCUAGUUUUUUCAUAGCGGGCAUUGUAAAGAAACGUUACAAAUUUAUGCGACCCUGGCUGUUACUAUAUGGACUUAGUCUCACUGCCAUCUUUUGUUAUUUUUUAUAUCGUAUUACUUUAAAUGUACAUGUACUAAUGCACACGUUGGUAUUAUUCGGCAUUGAAUUUUUUUGUCUAAUGUUAUGGCGCAUCUAUAAUUUGUAUCGUGAUAUACGCAUCCACAAUAAAGAAAACACUUGUCAAGGACAACGAAUAGCUACAGAAUGUACAGUAGAGUUAAUUGUAUAAUAUCGGUUUUAAUAUAAAUGUAUAUUACAUGCCUGGAAAGAAUUAUAAGCUUCAAGAAAACGAAACUUAUAGCAUUACAAUUUUUCAUAUUCUUGAGACACAUUUCUAAGAGCUUUCGGAGAUUGUUUUUAACUCAAAAUAUAUUUGAAAGGUAUAGGCUUAAAAAUUAAUAUUAGAUUUCAACUUUAAAAUCGCAAAACACAUUAAAAAAUUUUGUUUUUUACGUAUCAAAAAAGUAUUUUUAACUCGUCUUGAAAAUAGGC